AGUGCAGCAGUUCCAGCUGUUAUUGUUGACAGACGGAUCUUCGGGGGGAAAAUGGCGGUGUCCCGUCGAUCCUCUCAGCAUCAACAAAGCACCCUGCAACCGUCUCCGCGGAACGUCGCGAUCGCCUCUCCGCCUCCCGAAUCGCCCUCAGCGAUUAUUCCAGAUUCAGCGAGUCUACUGAGCCCAUCGGGGACCGGCGCAGCGGAAUGCGACGGAGCGACGACAGAGACCGCAGCGGCCUCCGCAUCUUCCCCGGACAGGCCCGGCCCAAUGACUGCAGCAGCGGCGUCAGCACUCGGCAGCUCCAGCUGCAGCAGCAUUAGCUCUAGCGCGACCGCGGGCAGCCAGAGCCCUGGUUCGGGUACGACCAGUCCAGGGGAGGGAGUGUGCGGGGCCGGUGGGGCGUUCAGAGAGCUCUUCGAGGCCUGUCGGAACGGAGACGUGUCGCGGGUGAAACGACUGGUGGACUCGGUGAAUGUGAACGCUAAAGACAUGGCCGGACGAAAAUCAACGCCGCUCCAUUUCGCAGCAGGAUUUGGAAGGAAGGACGUAGUGGAACAUCUCCUGCAGACCGGAGCAAACGUUCACGCACGUGAUGACGGCGGUCUCAUCCCGCUCCACAACGCCUGCUCAUUCGGACACGCCGAGGUCGUGAGCCUUCUGCUGUGUAGCGGUGCCGACCCCAACGCACGAGACAACUGGAACUACACACCCCUGCAUGAGGCCGCCAUCAAGGGCAAGAUAGACGUCUGCAUUGUGUUGCUCCAGCAUGGUGCUGAUCCAAAUAUCAGAAACACUGAUGGGAAAUCGGCUCUGGAUCUGGCAGACCCGUCUGCAAAGACUGUUCUCACCGGUGAAUAUAAGAAGGAUGAACUGUUGGAGGCAGCGAGGAGCGGAAAUGAGGAAAAGCUGAUGGCUCUUUUGACUCCGCUAAACGUCAACUGUCAUGCCAGCGAUGGACGCAAGUCAACAUCACAAAAAAUGCUGUCGACUCCUCUUCAUCUAGCUGCUGGCUAUAAUCGUGUUCGUAUAGUGCAGUUACUGCUGCAGUACGGAGCUGAUGUACAUGCAAAAGACAAAGGGGGUCUUGUUCCUCUUCAUAACGCCUGCUCUUAUGGUCACUAUGAGGUCACAGAGCUCCUGUUAAAGCACGGGGCGUGUGUUAACGCUAUGGACCUAUGGCAGUUCACCCCUCUCCACGAGGCAGCCAGUAAAAAUCGAGUGGAGGUGUGUUCACUCCUGCUGGCUCACGGCGCAGAUCCCACACUGCUUAACUGUCACGGCAAAAGUGCGGUGGACGUGGCUCCCACACCUGAACUCAAAGAGAGACUCACCUAUGAGUUCAAAGGUCACACGCUGUUACAAGCUGCCCGGGAAGCGGACAUGGCGAAGGUGAAGAAGACCACGCAGGAGAUCAUCAGUUUUAAACACCCUCACUCGCAUGACUCUGCUCUGCACUGCGCGGUGGCCUCCCCUCAUCCCAAACGCAAGCAGGUUACAGAGAUGCUGCUGAGGAAAAGCGCCAACAUUCAUGAGAAGAACAAAGACUUCAUGACUCCAUUUCACGUAGCGGCCGAGCGGGGUCACAAUGACGUGCUGGAAGUCCUGCAGAAACAUGGAGCAAAGGUGAAUGCUGCUGACACUUUGGGACAGACUGCUCUGCACCGGGCGGCCCUCGCCGGUCACAUCCAGACGUGCCGACUGUUGCUGAGUUACGGGGCUGACCCGUCAAUCAUUUCGCUGCAAGGCUUCACUGCCUCACAGAUGGGCAAUGAAGCUGUUCAACAGAUACUCAAUGAGAACAUUCCUCCUCGCAAUUCCGAUGUGGAUUACCGAUUUCUUGAGGCGGCUAAAGCCGGAGACCUUGACACAGUAAAGCAACUGUGCUCCCCUCAGAACGUAAACUGUCGUGAUCUUGAAGGCCGGCACUCCACCCCACUGCACUUUGCUGCGGGAUACAACCGCGUGGCCGUAGUGGAAUACCUGCUGCAUCAUGGGGCCGACGUUCAUGCCAAAGAUAAAGGGGGUCUCGUUCCUUUGCACAACGCUUGUUCGUAUGGGCACUACGAGGUGGCCGAGCUGCUGGUGAGACAUGGAGCGUCAGUGAACGUGGCAGACCUUUGGAAGUUCACACCACUGCACGAGGCUGCAGCAAAGGGCAAAUAUGAGAUCUGUAAACUACUUCUGAAGCAUGGGGCAGACCCAUCCAAGAAGAACCGUGAUGGCAACAUGGCUUUGGACAUGGUGAAGGACGGAGACACAGACAUACAGGAUCUGCUGCGUGGAGAUGCCGCCCUCCUUGAUGCCGCCAAGAAAGGCUGUCUUGCCCGCGUGCAGAAACUUUGCAGCCCGGAGAACAUCAACUGCAGGGACACGCAGGGCAGGAACUCAACCCCACUGCACCUCGCUGCUGGCUACAAUAACCUGGAGGUGGCAGAGUAUCUCCUGGAGCAUGGAGCAGAUGUUAAUGCUCAAGAUAAAGGAGGUUUGAUUCCUCUGCAUAAUGCCGCUUCAUAUGGGCAUGUGGAUAUCGCCGCCCUGUUGAUCAAGUUCAACACUUGUGUAAAUGCGACAGAUAAAUGGGCAUUCACUCCUUUGCACGAGGCUGCGCAGAAGGGACGGACGCAGCUGUGUGCGCUCCUGCUGGCGCACGGCGCUGAUCCGACCAUGAAGAACCAGGAGGGGCAGACGGCUCUGGAUCUGGCCACGGCCGAUGACAUCCGCGCUUUGCUGAUGGAUGCGAUGCCACCUGACGCUCUGCCCAGCUGUUUCAAACCCCAGGCCACUGUGCUCAGUGCCACACUGAUAUCGCCUGCAUCCACCCCCUCCUGCCUCUCUGCCGCUUCCAGCAUCGAUAACCUGGCGGGGCCGCUCUGUGACGGGGCCAGUGGAGGAGCCACAGGACCUGCUGAUGGAGCCUCCGGAAAUGAGAGGAAGGAAGGAGAUGCUGUCCUGGAUAUGAACAUCUCGCAGUUCCUGAAGAGCUUAGGGCUCGAGCAUCUCCGGGACAUCUUCGAGAGAGAACAGAUCACCCUGGACGUGUUGGCUGAUAUGGGCCACGAGGAGCUCAAGGAGAUCGGGAUCAAUGCUUACGGGCAUCGUCAUAAACUUAUCAAAGGCAUCGAGAGGCUCCUGGGAGGACAGCAGGGUGCAAAUCCAUACCUAACGUUCCACUGCACCAAUCAGGGCACAGUUUUGAUCGAUCUGGCCGUGGAUGAUAAGGAGUUUCAGUCUGUCGAGGAGGAGAUGCAGAGCACAAUUCGUGAGCACAGGGAUGGAGGAAACGCGGGUGGCGUUUUCAGUCGAUACAAUAUCAUCAAGAUCCAGAAAGUGGUGAAUAAGAAACUGAGAGAGAGAUAUACACACAGACAGAAAGAGAUUGCGGAUGAAAAUCACAACCACCACAACGAACGCAUGCUGUUUCACGGAUCUCCAUUUAUCAAUGCCAUCAUCCACAAAGGAUUUGAUGAGCGUCAUGCUUAUAUUGGUGGCAUGUUUGGAGCCGGUAUAUAUUUCGCAGAGAAUUCCUCUAAAAGCAACCAGUACGUUUAUGGAAUCGGGGGAGGGACCGGAUGCCCCACCCACAAAGACCGAUCAUGUUACCUGUGCCAGAGGCAGAUGUUGUUCUGUCGUGUAACGCUGGGAAAGUCAUUCCUGCAGUUUAGUGCCAUGAAAAUGGCCCACGCCCCACCCGGACAUCACUCUGUGAUCGGCCGUCCCAGUGUCAAUGGCCUGGCCUACGCUGAGUAUGUGAUUUAUCGUGGAGAACAGGCCUACCCAGAAUAUCUUAUUACUUACCAGAUCCUGAAGCCGGACAGCACGCCUCAGUCCUCUACAGGAGCAGAACAGAAGUCAUAGUCAACACACUGUGUUUUUACAUUCGAUCACUCACUCACUCACUCACUGCUCGCUCACUCACUCCCUCUUUCUCACUCUGUUGUUGCACAAAGGAAAUGUGAACUUUACCAUUUACCCACGUCUUACUCAUGGAAUUCCCAUGUAUGAAUUAUGAAUUUGCACUUUUAAAAACAAGUUACUUAAGUUAUUUGAAAAUAGUUGCAAUUGUGAGGUUUAAUGUACAGGUAGUAUAAAGCAAACAUGUAAAACUGACUGUGUUUAACUAUGCUGUUUGAGUUGUAUUUUAAUGGAACUUUUUUUGUUUGGAGUCUGGUAAUUUCUUUUAAAUAAAUCUCAUCGGAACGAGACUCACUCAUACAA